GGCCGGGCCGGGCGGCUCCGAGUGGCCGCGCGCGGGCUGGAGCCGGGCGGCGCGCCUGUGGAGCGCUGGGGGCGGCCCGGGGCUGAGCAUGGAGCGGCGCGGCGGAGGUUCCCCUGGAGGCCCUUGGCCAGGCCUGAGCCUCUGUCGCCAUGGCCAUUGUGCAGACUCUGCCAGUGCCACUGGAGCCCGCUCCUGAGGCCACCACUGCCCCACAAGCUCCAGCCAUGGGCAGCGUGAGCAGCCUCAUCUCAGGCCGGCCCUGCCCUGGGGGGCCGGCUCCUCCCCGCCACCAUGGCCCCCCUGGGCCCACCUUUUUCCGCCAGCAGGAUGGCCUGCUACGGGGUGGCUAUGAGGCACAGGAGCCGCUGUGCCCAGCUGUGCCCCUGAGGAAGGCCGUCCCUGGCACCAGCUUCACCUACAUCAACGAGGACUUUCGGACAGAGUCACCGCCCAGCCCGAGCAGUGACCUCGAGGAUGCCCGAGAACAGCGGGCACGUAAUGCCCAUCUCCGUGGCCCCCCACCCAAGCUCAUCCCUGUCUCCGGAAAGCUGGAGAAGAACAUGGAGAAAAUCCUGAUCCGCCCAACAGCCUUCAAGCCAGUGCUGCCCAAACCUCGAGGGGCACCAUCCCUACCUAGCUUCCUGGGUCCUCGGGCCGCCGGACUGUCUGGGAGCCAGGGCAGCCUAACACAGCUGUUUGGGGGCCCUGCCUCGUCCUCCUCUUCCUCCUCCUCCUCGGCUGCCGACAAACCCCUGGCCCUGAGUGGCUGGGCCAGUGGCUGCCCGUCGGGGACACUGUCUGACUCCGGGCGAAACUCACUGUCCAGCCUGCCCACCUACAGCACCGGGGGUGCGGAGCCAGCCACCCACUCCCCAGGCGGGCACCUGCCCUCCCAUGGCCCUGGGCGGGGGGCACUGCCUGGGCCAGCCCGAGGGGCCCCUACUGGGCCCUCCCACUCGGACAGUGGCCGAUCUUCCUCCAGCAAGAGCACAGGCUCCCUGGGAGGCCGUGUGGCUGGGGGGCUCUUGGGCAGUGGUGCCCGGGCCUCCCCUGACAGCAGCUCCUGUGGGGAGCGCUCCCCGCCCCCGCCCCCACCCCCUCACCCUUCGGAUGAGGCCCUGCUGCACUGUGUCCUGGAAGGAAAGCUCCACGACCGUGAGGCAGAGCUGCAGCAGCUGCGGGACAGUCUGGACGAGAGUGAGGUGACCAUGUGCCAGGCGUACGAGGAGCGGCAGCGGCACUGGCCACGGGAGCGCGAGGCGCUGCGGGACGACGGCGUCGCCCAGGCCCAGCGGGCGCAGCGGGCCCAACAGCUGCUCCAGCUGCAGGUGUUCCAGCUGCAGCAGGAGAAGCGGCAGCUGCAGGAUGACUUCGCGCAGCUGCUGCAGGAGCGGGAGCAGCUGGAGCGGCGCUGUGCCACCUUCGAGCGGGAGCAGCGGGAGCUCGGGCCGCGGCUUGAGGAGACCAAGUGGGAGGUGUGCCAGAAGUCCGGUGAGAUCUCCCUGCUGAAGCAGCAGCUGAAGGAGUCCCAGGCGGAGCUGGUGCAGAAGGGCAGUGAGCUGGUGGCCCUGCGGGUGGCGCUGCGAGAAGCCCGAGCCGCGCUCCGGGUCAGUGAGGGCAGGGCGCGCGGCCUGCAGGAGGCGGCCCGGGCUCGGGAGCUGGAGCUGGAGGCCUGUUCCCAGGAGCUGCAGCGGCACCACCAGGAGGCGGAGCGGCUCCGAGAGAAAGCUGGCCAGCUGGACACCGAGGCGGCUGGACUCCGGGAGCCCCCCUUGCCCCCUGCCACAGCAGACCCGUUCCUCCUGGCGGAGAGCGACGAGGCCAAGGUGCAGCGGGCAGCCACCGGGGUCGGGGGCAGCCUGCGGGCCCAGGUGGAGCGGCUGCGGGCAGAGCUGCAGCGGGAGCGGCGGCGGGGUGAGGAGCAGCGGGCCAGCUUCGAGGGCGAGCGGCUGGCCUGGCAGGCGGAGAAGGAGCAGGUGAUCCGCUACCAGAAGCAGCUGCAGCACAACUACGUCCAGAUGUACCGGCGCAACCGGCAGCUGGAGCAGGAGCUGCAGCAGCUCAGCCUGGAGCUGGAGGCCCGCGAGCUCGCCGACCUGGGCCUGGCCGAGCCGGCCCCCUGCAUCUGCCUGGAGGAGAUCACCGCCACCGAAAUCUAGGGCCCUCAGCAUCCCAGAUCUGCAGGGGGCUCCACUGAAGGGGGGCGGGAGCCUCAGGUCCACAGAAGUCCCCGAAGUCAGGGCCCCCGAGCUGCUCGUCCCCU